AUGGAAAUCAACAUGGAAAAGGCACAGCCUUACACGUUUGACCUAGGUCACAUGCUCUGCACAGACCCAAACCCUCUCCCAUCACUCAAAUCGGCCACAUCGGAAGAGAAAGAAGCAGCACUCACAUCGGUAGCACGCGAUUGCGCACAAGCUUUGAUCAAUCAGCUCCUCACAACAUGCCCCAUCACUCGUAAUACAGAAGACGGUGCACUGCAAAUCACACUUCCCGGACCUUCUUACCACUUGCCGCGGGAGAAGCCUGUGCCGAAGGAGAAGGAGAAGUCCAAAUGGGACAAGUUUGCGGAGAAGAAGGGCAUCCGACCGAAGCAGCGGGAUGGAAAGAUGGCCUACGAUGAGGCGACCGGAGAGUGGAAGCCGAAGUAUGGAUACAAGGGCAAGGACGAUGGGAAGGAGUGGUUGGUCGAGGUGGAGGAGGAAAAGCCCGAGAAGGAGGAUGCUGGUGGUAAGGGAUUGAAGUCUAGGAAGGGCAACCCCAGAGAGGUGCGUGGUGGACCGGAGCGGAGAGAAAAGAAGAUGAAGUCACGGAAGGGGAAGUGA